AUGAUGUCAUGGGCUCUGCGCCGUUUGGCAGGGCUCUGCGCCCUCACAGGUCUGGUCGUAUCCACGUCAGCUGCGGGCUUGGCCGACUGGAAAGCCAGGUCGAUCUAUCAAACCAUGACAGACCGGUUCGCCCGCACAGACGGUUCGACCACAGCGGCAUGCAACACAACGGCAGGUCUCUACUGCGGCGGCACAUGGCGAGGAACCAUCGACAAGCUCGACUACAUCCAGGGCAUGGGAUUUGACGCCGUCAUGAUCUCCCCGAUCGUCGAGAACGUCGAGGGCACCGUGGAGUACGGUGAAGCAUACCACGGAUACUGGUCAUGGAACCUCAACAAGCUCAACGCACAUUUCGGAACCCAUCAGGACUUGCUCGAUUUGGGGGCCGCCCUGCGGUCCAGGGGCAUGUAUUUGAUGUUGGACACGGUCAUCAACAACAUGGCCUACAUCACCAAUGGCAGCAGUCCAGCCACCCACAUCAAGUAUGCGGAUCUCACUCCUUUCAACAACGCCGACUAUUUCCACAACUACUGUAAAAUCACGGACUGGAACAACAUGACCAAUGCGCAGAUCUGUCAGACUGGUGAUAACAUUGUCGCCCUGCCGGAUCUCUACACGGAACACGAGGACGUCCAGAACAUGAUGAUCAAGUGGGCCAAGGACGCGAUCAAAACUUACUCCAUCGAUGGCUUGCGUAUCGAUGCCGCCAAGCACGUCAGCCCGGGAUUCCUCACGAGCUUCUACAACGGCAUCGGCGAGACCUUCAUGACCGGUGAGGUUCUGGUGGGAGAGAUCGAUACCAUUGUCGACUACCAGAAAAAGUACAUCAAGAGCAUGCCCAACUACCCCAUCUACUUCGAGAUCAUCCACGCCUUCACCGAGGGAAACACGGCACUUCUCGCCAAGGCCGUCGAGAACAUGAGAAUCUCGAUCCCAGAUGUCAACGCUCUUGCUUCCUUCUCCGAGAACCACGACAAGCCUCGAAUUGCGGGUCUUUCGAAAGACAUCUCGAUUGCGAAAAACGUCCUGGUCUUCACCAUGCUCUUCGAUGGGAUCCCCAUGGUUUACCAGGGCCAAGAACAACACUUGGACGGCAACGCCACUCCCGACAAUCGAGAAGCCAUCUGGUUGACGAAAUACCCCACUGACACGGUGUUAUACAAGCUCAUUACCAAGCUCAACCUGAUCCGAAAGCACGCCUAUAUUCUCAGCAGAGACUACCUUGAAUUGCCGACCCACACCAUCUACCAGGAUAGCAGUGUGCUUGCCUUCACCAAGGGUGUUGAGGGCCGACAAGUCAUCAUGGUCCUGUCCUCGCAACCCUCCACCAGCACCUACUACACCAUCAGCCUGCCCCUAACAUAUAAUGCCGGCACCCAGGUGUUGGAUGUGCUGAACUGCAAAAACUACACCGUCGACAACGCCGGUAUGCUCCAGGUGGGCAUGGACAAGGGAGAGCCCCGGGUCUUCUUCCCUACCGAAUACAUGGAUGGCAGUGGCCUCUGUGGCUUCCCUGUUUCCAACGCCUCUUUAGCCACCAUCAAGACCGGCAAAGACAUUACUUCCUACUCCAGUGGGGCCGCUGCCCUGGGAAGUUCCGGUCUGGCGGCGAGUAUAGAGCAGCAGGCAUCAUGGACAGCGCCAGAUAACUCGCUCAUCUUUCAAACGUUUGAAUGGCAUGUCCCCGCCGACCGGUCGCAUUGGCGCCGGCUGCGCGACGCCCUCCCGGGCUACAAAGCCAUGGGGAUUGAUCAGAUCUGGAUCCCCCCUGGGUGUAAGGGAAUGGAUGCUCAUGGCAAUGGCUAUGAUAUCUAUGACUUAUAUGACUUGGGGGAGUUUGAUCAAAAGGGGGCGGUCCCGACGAAAUGGGGCACCAAGCAAGAACUGGAGGAUUUAAUGCUUCAGGCGGAGAUCCUGGAGAUCCGGGUGAUUUGGGACGCGGUCUUGAAUCAUAAAGCGGGUGCAGAUUACCCAGAGCCCUUCAAGGCUGUCAAAGUUGAUUCGCAGAGUGAGAUCUCACCCCGUUGCGCCCCUUUACCACAAGGGCUUCAUUCAGCGUACAAUUUACUAACUGCAACAGGGAGAGAUGUAGAGAUAUCUGAACCCGUCGAAGUCAAUGGCUGGACAGGGUUUGAAUUCUCAGGACGUGGUGACCAGUACAGCUCGAUGAAGUACCACUGGCAACACUUCAGCGGGAUCGACUGGGACGAUAAGAGCAAGCAAAACGCAAUCUACAAGAUCGUCGCCCCGAACAAAGGUUGGGCGCAGGACGUCUCCACCGAGAAAGGGAACUAUGAUUAUCUGAUGUUCGCCGAUCUCGACUUGACACACCCGGAAGUCCGCGCCGAUCUCCUGCAAUGGGGAACCUGGAUCACCAAGGGAUUGAGCCUCAACGGCAUGCGGCUCGAUGCCGCCAAACACUUCUCCACCGAGUUUCAAAAGGCGUUCGUGCAGCAUGUGCGCCAAACGGCCAACCCGGACUUCUUUGCCAUAGGCGAGUACUGGACGGGACAUCUCCCGUCCUUGCUGGGCUACCUGGAGAAGGUCGAGUACCAACUGAAUGCAUACGAUGUCCCUCUGGUGGAGAGCUUCUCUCGGGCUUCCCAUGCGAAGGGGUCUGACCUGCGUGGGAUUCUGAGAAACACAUUGGUCGAUUGCCGGCCGGACCACGCAGUGGUAAGUUACGUGCGAAAGAUUCGAAAACAGCCACUGACUUUUUCAGACCAUUGUGUCGAACCACGAUACGGACAGAUGCUCGAAACCCCGGUCGCCCCAUCUUUCAAACUGCUCGCAUACGCCCUGAUCCUCCUCCGCAAAGGGGGCCACCCAUGUGUCUUCUACGGAGACUUGUAUGGAAUACGAGCUAAUGUGGAGAACCCAAUGACCCCGAGUUGCAAUGGGCUCCUCCCCAUCCUGAUGCAGGCCCGCAAACUUUAUGCGAACGGUGAACAGCAGGAUUACUUCGACCAACCAAACUGCAUAGGAUUCGUUCGAUACGGGAACGCCCGUCACCUUGCUGGUUUGGCUUGCGUUAUCAGUAAUUCUGGUUCGGCUGUGCAGCGCAUGUAUGUUGGCCAGCGCCACGCUUACGAGGAGUGGGUCGAUGUAUUGCAUCCGGAGAUGAAGCCUGUCGUUAUCGACAAAAAGGGAUACGGAGGCUUCGCGGUGAAUGCGAUGAGUGCCAGCGUCUGGGUUGAGUCGGCGGCCGUGAGCCGCGAUGCACUUGUCAGGGAUUUCGAUGUCAACAUUUACAAAUAA